GAAAGUCAGUCCCUGAGAGACGACAGAGCAGCCCAACCAGCAGGAGAGGGUGUGCCUGAGUCUCAGCUGUGGGCCCGGUAUAAAUACACUGUCCCGGUUUCAGUCCGUCUCCACCGGCUGCAGCUCCGUCUGGAAGGUCAAACACACCAUGGCAGCACCAAAGAAAGUCUGUGUGAUCGGCUCUGGUAACUGGGGCUCUGCCAUUGCCAAGAUUGUGGGUGCCAACGCAGCCAAGUAUGACAAGUUUGACACCACAGUGAACAUGUGGGUGUUCGAAGAGACGGUGAAUGGCCGUAAACUCACAGAAAUCAUCAACCAGGACCAUGAAAAUGUGAAAUAUCUGCCUGGCCACAAGCUGCCCUCCAAUGUGUUGGCAGUUCCAGACUUGGCUGAGUCUGUGAAAGGAGCCGACAUCCUGAUCUUCGUGGUGCCUCACCAAUUCAUUGUGAGAGUAUGCGACACCAUUAAAGACCACAUCAAGAAGGAUGCUUUAGGAAUGUCUCUCAUCAAGGGUGUGGAUGCGGGUCCAGAGGGUCUGAAGCUGAUCUCAGAGGUCAUCCGAGGGAAGCUGGGCAUCACCAUGACGGUCCUCAUGGGAGCAAACAUCGCCAACGAGGUCGCUGAGGAGAAGUUCUGUGAAACAACCAUUGGGUGCAAAGACAAGGCCUGCGGGCCCAUGCUGAAGGAGCUCAUGCAGACCACCAACUUCCGCGUGGCUGUGGUGGAGGAGUCGGAUGUUGUGGAGAUCUGCGGGGCGCUCAAGAACAUCGUAGCAGUGGGAGCGGGUUUCUGUGAUGGCCUGGGAUUUGGCGACAACACCAAGGCAGCAGUGAUUCGUCUGGGCCUGAUGGAGAUGAUCGCCUUUGCCAGGGUCUUUUGCACAGGCGGCCCAGUCUCCCCCGCUACCUUCCUGGAGAGCUGCGGCAUCGCUGACCUCAUCACAACCUGCUACGGUGGACGCAACCGCAAGAUCGGGGAGGCUUUCGCCAAAACAGGCAAAACCAUUGAGCAGUUAGAGAAUGAGCUGCUCAACGGUCAGAAGCUUCAGGGUCCAGCGACUGCAUUCGAGGUCCACCAAGUCUUGAAACAAAAAAACAUGGUGGAAAAGUUUCCUCUUUUCACUGCCGUUCACCAGAUCUGCUUCGAAGGCCACACAGUCACAGAGUUCAUCAAGUGUUUGCAGAACCACCCAGAGCACUUGUGAAGGGUUACAGACUGAUGAAUGGGUGGAAGUUGGGAGAGGACUUUUACACUAGAACUACUGUAUAACCCAGGUGAUUAUAGGUGAAGACUGUGCCUAAUCCUGACUACUGUCAUGUUUGAAUCUCAAACAGAAAUGAUAAAAAGAAAUUGAGCAGCGUUGCCUGCUUUACCUGAGCUGCUGUGUUGACCUGAUUCUAUUACAUUACUGACAGAAAACACUAACUUCUUUUUAACUCAUUAGAAACAUACAUGUCGCAAAUUAUUGCAUUAAUCUUCCAAGUCUUAAAAGUUGUAAGAAUUUUUAAUUACUCUGCCUCACAAAAUACUUAAACUCUGACCUGAAUGUUGUGAAAUAAUACAUAAUUUCGUAGUUAAAAGUGUCUAACGGAGAACCCUGGUAGCUCAUUUGGUUGAGCGUGCACCCCAUGUACCAAGGCUCGGUCCUUAACACAGUGGCCCGGGUUUGAUUCCAACCCGUGGCCCUUUGCUGCAUGUCGUCCCCCCUCUCUCCCCCUUUCCUGUCUACAGCUGUCCUUCAAUUAAAGGCAGAAAAGCCCAAAAAAUAAUCUUUUUUAAAAAAGUGCCUUAAUGACCUUUUCACUGACAUGUAUGUUUCCAUUGUUAAAACACUGAACACAUAACAGUUACCACUCCCAUUGUGUUGUUUUUCUUCUGGACUUCUUAUUUUGGAAUAAAUUAUUGAACGUGUUGA